AUGUUGAUCCAAAUUUGCAUACUUAUCAGAUUUGCUCUGGGUCAAUUUUCUAUUAUUCCGAUUUUGUACAGUGACUAUACUUCUCCACUGCUGCUAAUGUAUUUCAAAACAACUUUAGAUUGUUCAACAGGAACUGAGCCAGGCUGCAACUUAGACUCUCCAUUUCGGUUCAUCCUUUAUAAAAUCACUGACUUGUCUGACAUUGAAACUGUAUUCGAAAAUCCAGAAUACUUUAUUGUUUAUGACACAGUUUCAUCACUGGCAAUUUCAUCAAUGAUAAACACUUAUGCAAGAACCUUACUCCCCCCCUCCGUGAGUGAACAAAAACUUGGAAAAAUCCUUAUUUUUUGCCCAAAAGCCCACCCUUCGUUAGUGAAAAAAAUUUUUUUAAUAGAAUUUUUUUUAUGAGAUAAAAAUUGAUAUAUAAAUGAUAAUUAGUAUAAUGAAAUCUCGAGCUAAUUCUGUUUAAUUUUAAACAAAUUGCGUUUUAAAACAUAAAUUUUAUAAAUUAAAUUAAUAUUUGCUUCCCAAUUUUUACAAAUUAGGAUUUUUUAAAAUUUCGAAAAAAAAAAUUUUCCAUCAAUUUUAUAUAUAAAUUUAAAAAAAAAAUUAACCCCCCUUCAUGAGUGAACAAAAUUUUUUUGUUCACUCACGGAGGGGGGGAGUUAGGGUUUAUCCACUUUAUUGUUGGCUAUCCUGUGGAUAUCUCCUUAUCAAGUGCUUAUUAUUCUGAUUACUCUUUUAGCUCUUAUACAAGUACAGCAUUAAGUAUUGCUAAAACUUAUAAUAUAAAAAAAGUAAUAGUGCUCAUAAGCAGCGAAUUUUCUGAUAUGAGUUUUGAUAAUGAUCAAGGGAUAGAAAUAGUUGGGCAAUUUGUUUUACCUCAAACAGCUAGUUAUGAAUAUAUUUCUUGGUUAAUUUCUAAAAAAAUCAAGCCUAUGGGAAUUAAAUGAUUUUUUUUCAAAACUAAUAAAGAAAUUUCAGAAAAAAUCCAGGAGGCUUUAGUAGAAGCUGAUAUGAAUAAGAAAGGCUACACAUAUGUUUAUAUUCAGGAAGCUGCUUGGGGAGCAUACUUAGAAGGGUCGAUAUUAUUAGAAGGAAAGUGGUUCCAUAGCACAGAUACCUUCAGUUAUAUUAAUAACCUUGUAUAUUAUGGCUCAAUAGUGGUUUAUAACUUGAUAGCAAAUAAUCCAAUUCAAGGAUCAUUUUCGGGAUAUAUCUUGAAUGACUUGGUAGCACAAGUUCUUAAGCCGGAGGUAAUGGGCUACACUAUUUGAAAUAUUCAAGGUGGGAAGGUGCAAGCAGUCGGGGUAAUAAAUGGAAAUGGACUGCAAAUUCAAUUGCCUGUCAUGUUUCCAGGAAAAACUUAUGAGGCGCCAAAUAAUAAUAAUAUUGAAAUCCCUAUAAGUAUAAGUGGAGUGACCUAUGAGAAUUAUAUAAAUGAUGGGUUGAACAUGAUGAAUCAAAUAGGAGUAAAUUUAGCGACAGAAACAAUUAUAACAGAAGGAGAUUUAUUGCCAAAUUUUGAUAUAGUUGUGAAUAAUAUAACAGAUUGCAGUUUUACUGAUAAUAAUUCAACUUUUAAAUGCUUUUCAGAUCAUUUGGAUGACUUAGGAUAUUUUCAUAUUCCCAGACUAGAGACAUCUACAGUCCUUGCAACAAUGGAAGUUUUUCAAAAAAAUAAUAUUUUAACACCUGUUCUAGGAGUCCAAACAUCAACUAUACUGAGUACUUCUAAAUAUUAUCCUCAAUAUUCAAGAGUUUCCUAUCCAAACUCACGCACAGCUUCAGCAGCUGCUCUUAUUUUAAGUGUUUUUGGGAUAUCUAAAUGCUCUUUAUUAUACUCAGAUUCUCAAUGAGGAGAAGAUUAUUAUUCUGAAUUUCAAAACCAGACUGAUUCAUAUGGAAUACAUAUUUUAAACAAAAAUAAAGCAGUUUCGCCUGGAUUUAAGGGCAGCUGGUCAAAGCACAGAUGCCAACCCCCCAUACCCACCCCCCCUUACCCCCCAGUUUGGAUGUGUACAUCACAUCCCCCCCCUCAGAUAGUAUGCAUGGAUCACCCCCCCACCCCCCUUGCAUCUAUGGAUCCCACCCACACCCCCAUUCCAUUAAUAGAUGCUACCCCCCCACCCCCACCCCCCCUAUAUAAUGUAAACUGUAUUAAAGGCAAUUAAAACAUAUUAAUUGCUCACAGCAUAAAAAAUUCAAAGUCAUAGGGAUGAAAAACAAAAUCGGAUACAGUGUGCUAGCGAGGAAGCAUAUUUUCAAUGAACCUUCAAGCACAUACUUCGUGUUUUAAAUCAUAUAAAGGUCAAAAAAUUCCAAAGAAUGCAGGCUCCCCCCCGCAUUUAAAUAACGAACAAAACCGUCAUUUUUUUUUCCUAAAAAUUUUCCUUAGGCCCCAUUUAAUAAGGAACAAAAUUUACUAUACAAUUUAUAUAAGCUAAUUUAGUCUUUACAGUUUAUUAAUUUUAAGUAGUUAGAGUAAGAUAAAGACAAGCAUAAUUGAGCAAAGAAUAAUAAAUAAGAGAAAAUAGUGGGUUAAUCUUAAGAUGGUGUUUUACUCCCCCUCCGUAAGUAAACAAAAAAUAUCGUUUGCUCACGAAGGAGAUUUUUUUUUUUUUAAAUUUAUUUAUAAAUUUAUAGAAAUAUUAUUUUUACGAAAUUUAAAAAAAUCCUAAUUCGCAAAAAUUGGAAAGCAAAUAUUAAUUGAAUUUAUAAAAAUUUAUGUUUUAAAACGCAAUUUGUUUAAAAUUAAAAAGAAUUAGUCAGAGAUUUCAUUAUAAUAAUUAUCGCUUAUAUAUCAAACUUUUUUCCGUAAAAAAUUUUUCUAUUAAAAAAAUUUUUUGUUUGCUCACGAAGAGUGAGGGACUUUUCUAAUGGUUUUUAUUCGCUCACGGAGGGGGGAGUUAGCAAUAUAGUUAUUUUUCGCAUGAAUUAAGGCGCUUUAUCUUUAUGUUGUCAUCAUUAUUAUUAAUCCUUUAUUGAAAUUUUUAUAUAAAAAAAUCAUAGAUAUUUAAUAUAAUUUUUAUAUAUUUUUUUCCCAAAAUUUUAUAAGUUAGACCCAUUUAAUAACGAACUAAAAAUGUGUUCGUUAUUAAAUGGGGGGGGAUAAAAGACUUUAUAAGAGAUAUCAAAAUAUUUUUUGAGUCAUUUAUUGAUUCCUUUCUAUGUAACAAGUUUUUUGCAAUUAUUUUAUUUUAAAUGUAUUACUAAUAUAUUGGCUAUAUCAGUCUAUGCUAAAUAUACUUAUGAUCAUUAAUAUUUAUUUAUGAAUCUAUUUAUGAAUUAACUAAAAUUUUCUUGUAUGUCUUAUUUGUAAGAUUUGAUAUUUAUAUGUUUACCUAUAUGAUAGAGGGGGUGGAGGGGGAGGGGGGAGGGGGUGGGGGUGGGAUCUAUUAACAUAGGGGUGGGGGUGUGAUCCAUAUAUACUAGGGGGUGGGGAUGGGAUCCAUGCAUGGGGUGGGGGGGUUGGCAUCUGUGCUUGACCAGGCAGCAAUAAAAAAAUAAUCCAAGAAAUAAUUGAUCUUAAAACAAGAUAUGUAGUUUUAGAAGUCCAAUGGCCUGAUAUUUUAUAUGUAAUUGAAGCAUUCUAUGACUUAGGAAUGCGAGAAGGUGAUAUUUAUUUAAUUGUCGGUGACGGAAUGAUAAGUAAAUCAGAUUUAGAUGAAAAACUAAUCGGCAGCAAAUCAUAUAAUAAAAGAAAAGAAAUGAUGAGCGGACUUAUUUAUAUCAGUUUUGUAGCAUUCGAAAACCAACUUGGAUUUAACUUGAAAAGCAAGAUAUCAUCAAAAUAUGGAGCUGUAUAUGACUAUAUGUGCUUAUUUUAUGAUGCAGCCUAUCUCGGCUUAUAUACGAUAGAUGCACUAAUAAAUUGAGGAGCUAAUGUAAAUAGUUCUACUAUAGAAGAAACUAUUAGAGAAGUUGCUUUUACAGGGUGCUCUGGAGUUGUAAGAGUUAGUCAAGAAGGAAAUGAUAGGCUCAAUACAGUUUUAGGAAUUUAUAACUUAAUACAAGUCAACUCAACGUGGACUAUGAACCUUUGUGGACUUUAUGAUCCAGGCCAGCUUAUUGUACUCCAAAUCAGGCAGCCAAUAUCAUGGAAUUCAAAUGGAGAUGUCCCGAGUGAUAUAAUAGGAGAUGAUCAAGAAUGUCCAUUCAGAGAUAUUCUUGUGCAGUCAUUUCUCUAUGGAUAUUUUAUUUUGAUAAUAAUUGAGCUGAUUCCAAUGAUAAUUGGAACCCUUUUUGCAAUAAAAUUUUACAAUUUCAUUUUUAAGCAAAAAUACCCAAAACUUACCACUGCACAGAAAGAAAAUUUUCUUGAUAUUCUUUCUUACAUAACUUUUAUGAUAGAGAGCUUACAAUAUAUGCAAAUAGGGCCUGAUUUCACAGCUUUUUUCCCUAAAUGAUCCGACGCGACUAAAAUCACAACACUAUAUGUGAGAGGAUAUUUUAAAAAAGGCAUAUUUACUUUUUGAAAUCAGAUCAUAUUUUAUGAGACUUUAGGAUAUUUAUGAUUUUUGCUAUUCUUAUGAAAAAUAUUUAAAAUAGGAAAAGAUUCUGAUCAUUUUAUAUUAACGGCCGUUAAUGAGCUAAAUUUUUACAUUAUGCCUAUCAUAGGAGAAAUUCUCUUUUUGCCUAUCAAUUUGUAUUUAUUUCAAACUUUUCAAUGCACAAGUAGCAUUGGAGACAAUUUUAAAGACAGUUUUAAUAAUCAAGACUGCUCAACAUUUUGCUGGCAAGGAGAACAUAUUACUUAUGUGAUAAUUUCUGCUCUAGCAAUAUCUGUAUAUCUCCCUACAAGUUUAUAUUUUCGAUUUACCUGAAAAAAUGAUUUCUCAUUCCACUUCCAAGAGCAACCUUUUCACAUUGCUUUAAAAAGCGCUGUACAAAUUAUUUUAAUUGCAUUGGUCACAAUAGUUAGCCCAGCUUCUGAAAACGUUUCUUUAGGACUAUGUAUAGGUUUGCUGCUGCUUUAUGUAAUAAUCUCAAUAAUAAAAAAGCCAUUGACUUAUGACAGAGCAUCAUUGUGAUAUACAAUUUUUAUAGCUUUUAGCUUAAUAUUAUGAUGCUGCUGCGCAUUGGCAAAAACUAAUAAAGAAGCUGCAUUAAUUACACUAGUAAUAGGAUGAAUUGUAUUAGCGAUGCUCGGGGCUAUUUAUCAAAAAUUAAAGCUCCCUUGUUUAUUAGAGUCAGAAAGAGGUAUAAAUAUUUACAAACUCUUUAGGUUUCAGCUGUUAGCAAUCACUCCUGAAGCUGCUGGAAUCUCUAAGAUAGAGCCUUUUAAGUAUAUUUAUGCUGAUGAGUCUCCGCAUGGCAAAGAAAUAAAGAGCCCAUCAAUGUCAAAAUCACCUCGGAGCUUUUUGUCAGAAGAAGACAACCUGAAAUCAAGCAUCCAGCUUUUUGAUAUUAAUAAUGAAAACGCUGAAUCUCCUUUUAAAUUGGAAAAAAAUAAAUAAAUUUUGUACUUCAGACACCUUUAUUUUAGAAUAAUUUUUUUAUAGGAAAAUAUUAUAGGCAAAAUUCAAAUUUUUAUUUGACCUAAUUUAAUUAAAGUGUAAUUAGAAUAUUAUGUUCACACUGAUUCGAUAGUUUCUUUAAUUAAUUCUUCAUGAAGAUAAACUAAAAUCCAAAAAUAUUGGGUUCGAUUUAUAUUGUUUUAGUUUUUAAAAUGUUUUUAAAAAUAUUAGCCCCUUUAAAUUGUAAUAUAAUUUUUUGAUCCAAUUUAAAGGGGGGAUUGAGCAUCUUGGAGAAUUUAAUUCCAGUUGAUGCAGCAAUAAAAUAGCCCAAAAAUAA